UGGGUUUCCUCCUGUUUAAGGAGCAUUUUCUGUAGACGGGGCAAUGAAGUUUCCUUCUUGUGAAGAUGUGGAGGCCUGCGCGUCUGCGAAGCUGUAAUAGUUUUGCAUCAUGGCAAAUAUUUACAAUUUUUGCACUUACUGCAUUAUGAAACCUUUCGUCUUGCCUAAAUGUUGAGGAGCAUGGCUGCUAAGAAACUAAGAAGAGCACAGUUGUCUCAGGACCUGUGUGAGAGGCUGAGUCGCUGUCAGAUCACUACCUGUCAGGACUUUUUAUGUCUUUCCCUCUUGGAGCUAAUGAAAGUGACAGGACAGAGCUACUAUGAGGUGCAGAAGCUUCUUUGUAAAGUCAGCCGAGCUUGUGCUCCCAAAAUGCAGACAGCUUAUGAAAUGAAACUGAGGAAGUCUGUCAGUCCCUCUUCAGCCUUUUUAUCCACCACGCUGCAUAGUUUGGAUAGAGUCUUGCAUGGUGGAGUACCUUGUGGGUCCCUCACAGAGAUAACUAGCCCACCAGGUUGUGGCAAAACUCAAUUUUGUAUUAUGCUGAGUGUUCUGGCUACACUGCCUCUAAGCAUGGGAGGACUAGAUGGGGCAGUUAUAUACAUUGACACAGAGUCUGCAUUCAGUGCUGAAAGGUUGAUUGAGAUUGCAGGAAACAGAUUCCCUGAUUAUUUUGACUCGGAUGAAAAGGUGUUCUGCAUGACCCGUAGCAUUCACCUCUAUCGAGAACUGACCUGUUGCAGUGUACUACAGAGGAUUAUGUCUUUGGAAGAAGAAAUUAUUUCAAAGAAAGUAAAACUCAUAAUAAUUGACUCCGUUGCUUCAGUUGUCAGAAAGGAGUUUGACACAAAACUUCAAGGCAAUCUGGCAGAGAGAAGUAACUUUUUGACUAGAGGAGCAUCAGUGUUGAAGUAUUUGGCAGAGGAGUUCUCAAUACCAGUUAUCUUGACAAAUCAGAUUACCACAUCGCUGAGCAAUGGCCCUGCGAUCCAGGCAGACCUGGUGUCUCCAGCUGAUGAUUUGUCCCUGUCUGAAGGGGCUUCUGUAAGUGGGAAGAAGGAUUCUGGUUGUGUGACAGCAGCCCUUGGCAACACGUGGAGUCACAGCGUCAACACCAGGCUCAUACUACAAUAUCAUGACUUGCCAAAAAGACAGCUCCUGGUUGCUAAAUCGCCUGUUUCUCCAUUCUCCGCUUUUUUCUACACCAUUGAGAAAUCAGGCUUGGUUCUUCAGGAUGGAAAGGAUCAAACAAAUUUAAUUUGGGAAGGAACCAAUCCUGCCCUGCAGCCCAUACGAGUGAGGAACACUGCCUUGAAAGAUACUUUACUUAGUGCUACUUUACCUAGCACUACUGGAGAGACUUCAAGCAAUACAUUCAAUCUAUAGAAAGACCAAUGGAAACUCCCCAAAGAAAAGAAUAAAUGACGACAUUGUUUUUCAAAAA